CCCCCACACAUCACUCCAUCUCUGCCAGAGCCAUCUAUCUGUGGGUCAUUUCACGCUGUACAUUAGUGAGCUUCAUUCUGAGGACGCUUUACAUCAGACGCUGGUCUUCCUCAGCUAACACUCGCUACUCCAUUGGCCAUAUUACAAGAUUUUUAUGGGAUUUUAUUAAAGGCACCUAAGAUAAGACAGAAGGGACCAUCUAGUCGAUUGUAAAAAACACAAAAUUAUUGUGAGAAAUGGGGAACGCCAAAAGCAGCGCCAUGUCCAAGGUGAUCUUGGAGGAUCUGAAACUCAACACCAGAUUCACAGAAGAAGAGCUGUCACAGUGGUAUGAGAACUUUCAGAAGCAGUGCCCAUCCGGCCGCAUCACGGCAGAUGAGUUUUCAAAGAUCUACGAGCGGUUCUUCCCAGACAGUGACACCACGUCUUACGCCCAGCACGUCUUUCGUUCCUUUGAUACAAAUGAUGAUGGGACACUGGAUUUCAAGGAAUACAUCAUUGCUCUUCAUAUGACGUCAACUGGAAAGACAGAGCGUAAACUGGAGUGGGCCUUCUCUCUCUUUGAUGUUGACAAGAAUGGCUAUAUCACCAAGACAGAAUUGAAGGAAAUCUGCCAGGCUAUCUUUAAGCUGAUCCCCAAAGAGGAACAAGAGAAGCUUCCGGACGAUGAGAACACUGCAGAGAAAAGAGCAGACAAACUAUGGUCUUUCUUUAAUAAGAACGAAAAUGAUCGGCUGGCAGAGGGCGAGUUUAUUCAGGGAAUUCUUGACAAUGAAGAUGCUCUUCGCUUUAUUCAGUAUGAGCCGCAAAAGUAAGAAAAAUAGCGAGUGUGCAAUACAGUUUUAUUUAUGAUUUCAUGUUGUUUCCUCUGGCCACAUGCUUUUCUUCUUUUUCACACUUUGUUUUGUUGUAACGUUCAUAAUUUAAUAAUCUGUUUUCUUGCAUCAGUGCUACAUUCCUCAUUACUGUAAAUAUUAUCUAAAAGCCAAUUACCUCCAGUAUGUUUUGAGUAAGACAUGGUAAAGGCAUGAUAGAAGUGCCAGGUUACGUUAUAUUUAUUAUUAAUAAUGACUGAAACUGUGUAAAAAUGUAGAAAACAGAUCACUUAUGAGAUUUCUGACUCAAUUUCUUGAACAAACACAUUGUCUAAAAACCAAGAGACAAAAAUGUCUGCUAUUGUGCAUGUGACACAGAUCAAAUAUAAAUUUGAACAAUACAGCCACAAGAUGGUGUUAAAAACAAAAACUACAGGAUGCAGAAUAUAUUAAAUGACAAUUUGUGUGACCAUUUGCAUAGUGCAAAUCUUUGUUUCCCAUUGAGAAUCUGUGUGCUGUGGAAUAAAACCAAAAAACAUAUAAAAUGAUUCUCAAUAUUUUGUGUGUUCGUUCAUGUGUUCCACGUUCAGACAAGGUAAACAGGCAAGACAACCACUAGGACGGCCUGCACAUUAAUCUCUAACUGUCUAGAGAGGUUUUACAUUCGUGUGGCAAUAUUUACCCUUAUUCCUGGAUUAUUUUUGUAUGUGCCAACCGCAGAGUUGGUCCAGACAGUGUUGAACACAGAGUUCUGCUGCGUCCACACAGGUAAAUGUGAGCCUGUGCACAUGUAGAUUUGUUAAGUGAAGUGUGUCUGUUUAAAAUCUCUGAAACCAUUUUGAGAAAAUUUCGUUUUCUCCAUUUAUACUGUCCUAUAGUCCAAGUUUAGGAUUACUGAUAUAAUCGUCUGUCCAAC